AUGGCUGUAGGCCAUGUCGAAGCAGCCUGUCGUGGUGGUGUUUUUACCGGUGUCUUCAAACCGGGUCAGAGAAAAUACCUCUGCGUCAGGGUCGCUGACAACCUCAAGUGGGAAUUCGCUAUCACCAACCAGAAUACUCGCGAUUCAUUCGAUCUUCAGGAUGAACACUGUAUUGGCGGGUUAAGCAAUGAAGUUCGUGGCUGUGAUAAGGGAGGGGUUAGUAGUGUUUCGGGAUGGGAAUUUAGCUCUGAUCCGAAUGUUGGGUACUGCAAGUGA